AUGGUAGUUAAGUGGUUAGUUAGGUAUAGGGUUUUGGUGAUCCAAGCUGGUUCAAGUUCGGGUGAAGGACUCCGAGGAAAGGCCGACGCACUAUAUCAGGCAGCCAAUAACCUAUACAGUGCAGUUCAUACUGCUGGUAAUGCUGCUGCUGCUAAAGUACUCAAGUAUAAGGCUGGCGCAGAGCCUACCAAAGGACUACGGAAACUCGCCAAAGAACUACAUAGUGCAGCACAAGCACUAGCAACCGCUGCUAAAGGUGAUGAUGGUAAGGCUGCCGAAAAUCUUGCCACUGCUGUCGGCGCUAAUGAAACUGAUGGUAAUCUUCGACAAAAACUAAGAGAACUUGCUGAAGCUAGUAGUGAUCUAUCUAAUAAGGCCCAGGCUGUCAAAACAGCAUACGAAGGCAGUGGCGAUACUGGUGUCAAACAGAAAUUCCAAUUAGUUCAGACGAAAAAAACUGAAUACGACAAAAAUGAUACUGCAAAAGCCAAGUAUCAAGCAGUUGAAAAGGCCUGGACUGCUUUCAAUGCUGUCUAUAAUCCUGAAGCCCAGCUCAAAGAUGCUGUCGGAGCUGAUGAUACGGGUCCUGAUGGUGAACCUACUACUCUUCGGCAGGCUCUAUAUCAACUUGGUAGUGCUAAGCCUCUUUCAUCAGGUUUAUCUACUAAGGCUCAGAAUGUUAAAAAUAAAUAUGGAAGUGACUGGGGUGGUGUAAAACAGAAAUACAACAAUGUUGUGAAACAAGCUGAUGAAUACGAAAAGGGUGGUGAUACUAUUAAAGGGAAAUACGACACACUUAAGGAUGCCUGGAAGACUUUCAAUAAUCCCUAUAGAGAGGCCAUAUAUAUAAUAGUCAAUCUUCAAGUGAACUUACUACCACUAGAGACACUGAUAUCCAAAACGAUACCACACCUGGUAGUGAACUCAAGGAAAAAGCCGACCAACUAA